AUGUGUUCGACAUCUUUCUUGUUACUGCUAUUUAGUUUACAAGUGACACACGCCAACACUCAAGGCGAGGAAUUAACCUUCGAAACAACUAAGAGUUAUGAAAUUACGGAAGCAGCAUACGAUGAAUUUUCAUUGGAAACCACGAAAAGCAAUCAAACUAAAGUAACUGUAGAUGAUGAUUUAUUCUUUGAAACAACGAAAAGCAAUGAAACUACAGAAGCUACAGGCGAUGAGAUUUCCUAUGAAACAACGAUAAUCAAUGAAACUACAGAAGCAGGUGAUGAAUUCUUCUUCGAUACAACGAAAAGCAAUGAAACUACAGAAGCUACAGGCGAUGAGAUUUCCUAUGAAACAACGAUAAUCAAUGAAACUACAGAAGCAGGUGAUGAAUUCUUCUUCGAUACAACGAAAAGUGAUGAAACUACAGAAGCUACAGGUAAAGAAUUUUCCUAUGGAACAACAAAAAUAAAUGAAAGUAAAGAAACUGUAAAUGAUGAAUUCUCUUUUAAAACUACUACGGAAAGCAUUGGAACUUUAGAAACUGCAGGUGAUGAAUUCUCAUUUGAAGCAAUGAAAAACAAUGAAACUAAACAAGUUGAAGUAAAAUUAAGCGACUAUAUUCUUAAAGUUAUUGAAUACUACAAACAACCUAACCCUGAAGGAUUGCCAAACGCCAACAUCCCAGAUCCAUAUUUUGUUCCGGAUUCAAGACAAAUUUUAGGUUUUGGAACUAAUUUGGAAUUCACGGAUACAGCAGUUCAUGGUGUUAAUAAGUUUCGCGUACUAUAUAUUAAUGCAAAUAUCGGAAAAAUGGAGUGUCACUCCGCUUUUGAAAUUGAUAAACUGCAAGUUCGAGGCAAAUAUUCAUUGAAUGUGUGGCUCAACUCUUACCCAGGGGAUUUUACCGCUGAUAUUAUUGGCAUAAAAAACAAAGUGUUGGCUACAUUGGGUGUAGAACAAGAUGGUAAACUUAGAGCACAAAACAUAUCCGUGGAUAUAACAUUUAAAAACAUUACCGUAAAAUUUGAAAAUGCAGGUUUUCUAGCCACAAUGUUGCAAGGAGUUUUUAAUUCCAUGGGUAGCUUAGUUUAUGACUCCAUCAGAACCUAUCUGGUUCAAGAUGCACACACAAACAUGAGGGAAUAUAUCAACAAGAAAUUGGAUAAAAUCGUCGGAAAUAUAAAAUUUCCGAAUACUGUAUCUCCAUUGGAUAUGAUUAUGGUUGACAUUAGAAAUAAAAUCAAAGAUAUGAAAAUGGAUCCAUUAGAAAUUGAAGACUACUGUUCACAAAUUGGAAUAUUUAAAAUAGCCCUCAAUAAUACUUUACUAAAAGGCUUAUCUACAUUUCAUCGAACUGGAAAUAUAACUCUUAGCUUAGAGAAUAAUACCGUAGUGUCUGAUUUUAACAUUGGUGCUAAAGAGCUACGUGGUUCAACGCGUUGGGAAGUUUCAGGUAUUAAUGGGUAUUUGAUUAAAACGGGUACUGUUUCCUUCUCCGUUGAAUAUAUUCAAGCAAGAUUUGUACUUGCUUUAGCAUUAAAUAAAAUAAAAAGCGUAGAAUUUAGAGAUUUACAACUCGAUGUUGGUAAUAUACAAAUCGGAUCUGAUGGAACAGGGACAUUGGACUACAUAAUAGAACUAUCAGCUAACAUACUACCAACUCUUCUGCGAUAUCAGUUAAUAGAAGCAAUGGAAACCCCUGUUAGAUGGCUAGUACAGCAUAAAAUAGAUAAUUUAAACCUCGAAGAAGUAAUAAUUAAUGAAUUACCAAAAAUAGAUCAAUUACAGAGAGAAGACUUCCAACUUACUGAGCUUAGAAGUCUUAACUCGACUGAUGAAAUAUUUUUUGACGAUGAAGAAUUUUUCAACUUUUGAAUAUAUUCAAACUUAUACGUCUAUGCGUCUUCAUGGCAGCUCAGACCAGAACAG